CCGAGAGCCGCGGCUAACGAACCAGAAAAAAUCGCCCCCGCCCGCUUUCCGUGUCUCCGCUCCCGCAUCCCCAAGCGGAGCUCUCGCUUUCGGCGCGCGCUCCCGUCCGGCCCCCGCGUCCUCCAGGGCGCCCCAUGAGCUGAGGCCGCCGCCGAUGGCCCCGCCCCCCGCCGCGCAGGACGCCGCGCCGUCGCCGUCGGGCGGCAGCGGCUCCGGCUCCUCCAGGCGCCGCCUGCGCCGGCUCGACCGCCGCAACGCGUCCAAAAACAUCAGCUACGACGCCACCAACUUCUGCCAGUUCCCGCCGUCCCCGCAGCCCGCCUCCGCGCCGGCGUCGGGGCCGGCCUCGCUCGCCGGCUCCGCGGCCUGCUCCCUCGACCUCGUCAACAGCUUCCGCAUCGGCGGCAGCGGCGACGGGGGCGGGGACGUCCAGCUCCUCUGCCAGAGCCUCGGCCUCUCCGGCCCCGACGACUUCGCCAUCCCGCUCGCCGACUGGGAGGCGCACAAGGCCGUGCGCUCCUCCGCCUCCGCCUCCCCUUCGUCCGCGCGGCACAAGCCCGAACCCCCCGCGCGGGACUCCCCGCUCCGCCACGAGGGUGCCGAGGAGCCCACGCGGCCUGCGGACGCCGACCACGAGCUACCGGCGAAGGAGCCGGCCGCGAGGGACGCCACAAUCGAAGCUCUGGAGCGGCCGGCACGGCUGGAUCCGCUCGAGUCCACCCGUCCGGAUGUGAAGAGGGCAGUUGGGGAGGGAGGAAUCAAGGGCUUGCGCCCGCCGCCGGUGCUCAAGCUACCCCCCUCGAUGACGCUGCCGGCUGUCUGCGGGGCGGGAUCCACGUGGGAUAUCCUGCGGUCGUUCGCGCCGGAUGAGAAAGAGCACUCCCCUGCGAGCAGAUCUGGCCGAAGUUUUGCACACCAGGAUGCGGAGGAGGACGAGGAUGCGGCGGUAGUGUUGACGUUGGAGGAUCUCAGGCUUGGCGAGUCGUCCGAGGGCUUCACUGGCACUUCUUCGCUAUCGACCACGAACGACGACGAGACUUCCAGCACGACCACAGAGUCCAUGUUCUACAUCUCACCGAACGGCCGGUUCAGGAAGAAGAUUCGGUCAUGGAACCGAGGGGUGCUCCUGGGGAGUGGCUCGUUUGGGACGGUGUAUGAAGGCAUCAGCGAUGAGGGUGGCUUCUUUGCCGUCAAAGAAGUAAGCUUAUAUGAUCAAGGGAGCAACGCGAAGCAGUGUAUCACUCAGCUUGAGCAGGAAAUUGCACUUCUGAGCCAGUUUGAGCAUGAGAAUAUAGUGCAGUACUAUGGAACAGACAAAGAAGAUUCGAAACUUUACAUCUUCCUUGAACUAGUGACCCAAGGAUCACUUGCAUCUUUGUAUCAGAAGUACCGCCUGCGAGAUACUCAUGUCUCUGCAUAUACAAGACAGAUCCUUAAUGGGUUGACCUACCUCCAUGAAAAAAACAUUGUUCAUAGAGACAUUAAAUGUGCAAAUAUUCUGGUGCAUGCCAAUGGAUCUGUGAAGCUUGCAGACUUUGGACUUGCUAAGGAGAUUACCAAAUUCAGUGCGAUCAAAUCAUGCAAAGGAACUGUUUAUUGGAUGGCACCUGAGGUUGUCAAUCCAAAGAAGACAUAUGGACCUGCUGCUGACAUAUGGAGUCUUGGUUGCACCGUCCUGGAGAUGUUGACACAGAAAAUUCCCUAUCCUGAUCUGGAAUGGACACAAGCUUUAUAUAGAAUUGGUAAAGGGGAAGCACCAGCAAUUCCUAGUGGUCUUUCAAAGGAUGCCCGUGAUUUUAUAAGCCAGUGUGUAAAACCCAAUCCCGAAGACAGACCUUCAGCAUCCAAACUGUUGGAGCAUCCAUUCGUCAACAGGUCAAUAAGGUCGGUACGGUCUAUCAGGACAUCUUCACGCUCAAAUUCAUCUACACGUGGCAUCAACUGAUUUAUAGCAGUGGCAGAAUGACAUUAGUCACCGCGAACCAUGCGGAGCUUGGCUGAAAGGGAGGGUGGUUUGCCUGGAGCUAGUAUUGUAAACGCUCAACAGCAUCCUCGUCAACCUGUUAAUUUUGCAUUAGUUUAUUCUUUGACAUACGUUUGAGGGAAGAAAGAUGUCCUCGUGGUUCAGUUGCCGGCUAAUAUUCUUCUGCCCGGAGGAGCUAGAACAGUGUAUGCGCAUUUGAGCGCAUGAGUUGUAGAGUGGAAACGGACGAUGUAAAUAUGUCAACGUGUCCAUGUGGGAUUUGUCUUGAUGCCAUGAUAUAUUGAUAUGGAAAAAAGAAGAUAGGAAAAAAAAUCAAAGCUUUGGAACUGUCAACAACAGUUGUUA